AUGUCUGUUUUCCAAACAAAGGGAGAAUGGAAGAAAUUAAGAAAUCGGAUCAUACCUUGGAGUACGGGUGAUAAUUAUGCAAGCACCCAGGUUACCCUCUCGUCGAACAUGAGUAAAAUGGACCGGGAUGGUUGGCAAGUCCACAGUGACGCCAACGUUGACGCAAACGAGCGAAACCAGAAAACGAUAAUACCUCCGAUAACAAUGUUCACAGGUAAUCCGAAAGGGAAAGUCUUGGGGAACGAAAAGAUACGAUUCGAGAGUUGGAAUUUGAGAUUUACCCGGAGAAUGGAAGAGCAGAGACAAUUUUGCGGACCGGUAAGCUGCCAGGUGAGGGCAGGCGGCCAAGUCAUGCAGUGA